UUGGUUAUUUUAGAAUGAACAAUGGAGUUGGCCUUGUGAGUGUGGGAGUGAGAUUUGAUUUGGUUCUUAUUACUUAGCAGCAUAUUUGAUUUGUUUUGUUGCUUUGAGGAAUGGAAUUCACCUCUGAAGGUAGUCCCAAGCUUGCAUGCAAAAUAUGACAAAAAAGCCUAGUCACUCCCCUUCACAGUCUCAUGUACCAGAUUUCGAAGUCAUCAACACCUCUUUACUUUAAUUCUCACCAAGUCAGCAUUCUCUGCAUGUAUAGCAACAAUAUUUUAAAGAAGAGAUUAAUUAAGUGGCAUUUAGUGGAGUAAAUUGAUGGAAUUCCUUUACGGGUUUGCAUCCUCUAUUUCAAGAGACUUGGUAUGUGGAGCAGUAAAUCAAUUACGUUAUCCUUGUUGCUUUAACAAUUUUGUUGAAGAGCUUGAAAAAGAAGAAGGCUAUUUGAUUGCAACAAUAUAUAGUGUCCAAAACCGUUUUGAACUCGCCAAGAAACAAACGAGAAAGGUUGCUGAAGUUGGUGAUAAGUGGCUAAAGGAUGCUAACAUUGACGCAAACAAAGUGAAUCAGUUGCUAAAAGAGGCCAGAACAAAAAAGAGUUCCUGUUUUGGGCACUGUCCAAAUUGGAUUUGGCGAUAUCAAUUAGGAAAGAAGUUAGCAAAUAGAAAAAGGAAACUUGAAAAGUGCAUUGAAGAAGGUAGACAAUAUGUUGAAAUUGAAAGCAUUGCUACACUUCCUUUUGGCACACAUGAUUUUCUUUCAGAAAAAAGUUUGACUUUUGAGAGUAGACAGCCUGCUUAUGAGCAACUAAUGGAAGCACUGAAAGAUGAUGAGGUCGCCGUGAUUGGAUUGUAUGGGAUGGGGGGUUGUGGUAAAACCACAUUAGCAAUGGAAGUUAGGAAGAAAGUAGAAGCAGAACGUCUUUUUGAUGAAGUGCUUUUUGUGCCUGUGUCUAGUACAGUACAAGUUCAAAGGAUUCAAGAAAAGAUUGCAAGUUCAAUGCAGUAUAUAUUUCCAGAAAACGAAGAAAUGGAGAGAGCUCAACGCUUGUACAUGAGACUAACUCAAGAUAAUAGGAUUCUUGUGAUUUUGGAUGAUGUGUGGGAGAAGCUUGAUUUUGGUGCCAUAGGGAUUCCUUCCACUGAACAUCAUAAGGGUUGCAAGAUUCUCAUUACCACUCGAUCAGAAGAAGUUUGUACUAUGAUGGACUGCCAUAAAAAGAUUCACCUGCCAAUCUUAACAGAUGGAGAAGCAUGGAAUCUUUUCCAAAAGAAAGCCCUUGUAUCCGAAGGCGCAUCUGAUACCUUAAAGCAUUUGGCAAGAGAGAUUUCAGAUAAGUGCAAAGGAUUGCCUGUUGCCAUUGCAGCUGUUGCUAGUAGCUUGAAGGGCAAAGCUGAGGAGGUGUGGAGUGUUACAUUGAUGAGAUUCACAAGUUCGAAACCAGUGAAUAUUGGAAAGGGUUUGCAGAAUCCUUACACGUGCCUACAGUUAAGCUAUGAUAAUUUGGAUUCUGAAGAAGCCAAAUCACUUUUCCUGUUGUGUUCUGUAUUCCCAGAGGAUUCUCACAUUCCAAUAGAACUUCUAACAAGAUUUGCAAUUGGGUUGGGUUUUGUUGGAGAAGUUUGCUCAUAUGAAGAGGCCAGAAAUGAAGUGAUUGUAGCCAAAAUUAAGCUCACGAGUUCUUGUUUAUUGUUGUGUGUGGAUGAUAAAAGGGUCAAAAUGCACGACUUAGUUCGCUAUGUAGCCCGCAGGAUAGCAAAGAAUGAGAAUAAGAUGAUUGAGUGUGCAUUGGAAAAGGAUGCGACUUUGGAGCAUAAUUCAGUGAGAUAUUUGUGCAGUAAAAAAAUUCCAGAUGAACUAGACUGUUCCAAUCUUGAGUUUCUGUAUUUAUAUACAAAUUUGGAUGUAUCAGAUGGAAUUUUCAAAGGCAUGAGAAUGCUUAGAGUUUUGUUUCUUUGCAAUAAGGAUAGGUACAGAAGGCCAUUGUUGUCAAUGUCAUUAAAAUCAUCAACAAAUCUUCGUUGUGUACUCCUACGCAACUGGGAAUUAGGCGACAUCUCAUUUUUGGGCGAUGUUAAGAAACUUGAAAGUCUUACAUUACAUAAUUGUUCAUUCCUUGAAUUACCAGAUGUUGUUGCUACACAAUUGACAAGCUUGAGAUUGUUGGAUUUGUCAGAAUGUGACAUGAAACAUAGUCCUUUUGAAGUGAUUGGAAGACUCCCACAAUUAGAAGAGCUGUACUUUGCUGAUCAUAGAUCAAAAUGGGAUUUCUACAAUGAACAUGCUGCUGAAUUCUUCCAAGAGUUUAGAGUUCCCCAAGCAUUGCAAAGGUAUCACAUACAAUUAGGAAACAUGUUUGCUGGUUUUCAAGAGGAGUUUCUUAAUCAUCACAGAACCUUAUUUCUUAGUUAUUUGGAUCUAUCUAAUGCAGCAUUUAAGGAUUUGGCCAAAAAGGCAGAGGUUUUGUGUCUAGCAAAUAUUGAGGGAGGUGCAAAAAAUAUUCUCCCCGACAUAUUUCAAAUAGAAGGAGGUAUGAGUCAUUUGAUUGAGCUUUUGAUACGUGACUCUGAGAAGAUAGAGUGUUUGAUUGACACUAGUCAUCAUUUGAGCGAGGUAGGAGCUAUCUUCUCCAACUUGCAUUGCCUAAGAAUUGAGCGCAUGAAGCAUAUGGGAGCCUUAUACCAUGGUUCUCUACCUCCUAGGUGCCAUUUUGAGAAAUUAAAGGACUUGUACUUAAGUCAUUGUCCAAAGCUGAUAUGCCUUUUCACUCUUGAGGUUGCUCAAAAUCUGGUACAGUUGGAAAAAUUAGAAAUAAUAUCCUGUCCUGGACUGAAGCAUAUAGUGACUGAUGAUGACAAAGAGGAGAUAAGUACAAAUGAUAAAAGGUUGUUGUUCCGAAAAUUAAAACGGCUCCAUGUCAGAGAGUGCGACAAGUUAAAAUAUUUGAUCCCAAUCACUUUUGCUCAUGGCCUUGUACAAUUAGAGAAUUUGGAAAUUGUAUCUAAUAGUGAGUUGAAAUACCUGUUUGGCCAUUGCACAAAAGGAGAUCAUCUGGCUGGUCAGAAUCAAAAUGAACUUAAGAUUGAGCUUACUGCCUUAGAAGAGCUUACUCUUAUCAUGUUGCCAGAGAUCAUCAGCAUUUGUCCUGAAGUUUGUUAUCCAACAUGGCCAUUGCUUCGUCAGUUUACAUUGCAGAAUUGUCCAGGAUUCUCCAUUGUGUCUAUCAAUACUUGCUUGGCUUUUCAUAACAAUGACAUAAUUAAUGAAGCUUCAUAUCUAACAGUGCAAAAUAUAAAAGAAGUCCGGGUCAAUAACUGUGAGUUAGAAGGUAUCAUUCAGCUGGCAGAACUAUCCAUUGAUGGAAAACAAGAUCCAUUGAUAUCUUGUUUGGAAAUGCUGUAUUUAGAGAAUCUGCCUCAAUUGAGGUAUAUAUGUAAAGGAGAUAAAAAAUCCUUGAACCUCCUCCAAAAUCUUCAACAAAUGGAGGUAAGUGGAUGCAGAAAAUUAAAGUCCAUCUUUUCAGCAUGUAUCUCUGGAGGCCUACCUCAACUGAAAGAGCUGAAAAUUGAAAAUUGCAGUCAGCUACAACAAAUCAUUGAGGAUAAGGAGCCUCAAAACCCAGGAUCAUUCAAUCUUCCCAACCUUACUAGGCUAACGCUAAAAUCUUGUCCAAUUUUGGGUUCAUUGUUCUCAGCAUCCACAGCUGAAACCUUGACUUCAUUGGAAGAAUUGACAAUAGAAGAUUGCCAUGGUUUGAAGCAUAUACAAAUUUAUGGAAGAGCUCAUACAAAUAAAAAAGAAGUGAUUCAAGAUGAUCAUGACUUUCAGAGUUAUGUGCCAUUUUUUCCAAGUUUGAAAAAGUUGAGUAUUAUGAGAUGCCACUUACUGGAGUAUGUAUUCUCCAUCUCAUUUGCCAGAGGCAUGAGGCAAUUGGAAAUUAUAGAAAUCAGAGAGGCUCCUGAGUUGAGACAUGUAUUUGGUCAGAACAUUCAUUCUUCCCAGCAAUACCAAAGCAAGUUUCAAAUUGAGUUUCCUGUUUUGGAAAGAGUGACACUCCAUAGUACACCAAAUAUGAUUGGCAUUUUCCCAGAAAAUUAUUCUGCAACAUGCUCAUCUUUGCAAUUGCUUGUCAUGAACAAUAUUGGGCUGUCCACUCUAUCUAUCAAUAAUUUGAAGGUUGAUUUAGAAGCUACACAUUCAGAUCAUAGUUCUAAAACGGAUUCAAGGGUAAUGAGUAUGACAACUAAGCAAAAGUUAGCAUCUGUUAUUAUUGAGAACUCGGAAAUCAAAGAAAUUUUCAAUCUGGAGGAAUUUCCUAUCAAUGGACAACAAAUGACUUUGUGGAUACAAGUCCUAGAGUUAGUUAAUUUACCAAAGCUAAGGUAUAUAUGGAAGAGUUCCAAACAUUUUGUGUGCCUUCAAGUUCAACAUCUUCAUGAACUACACAUUUGCAACUGUCCAAAACUAAAGGUUAUCUUCUCUGUCUCUAUCUUGAGAAUGCUACCUCUGUUAAAGAUCCUCAUUGUAAAACAUUGUGAGGAAUUGGAGCAAAUCAUUGAGGAUGAUAAAGAAAAUGGAAAUGGAUCAAAUCCUCAAUCCCCAAAAGUAUGCUUCUCACAUCUUAAACUCCUUCUUGUCUCACACUGCAACAACUUAAAGCAUCUGUUCCUUAUCUCCAUUUACCACGAGUUUCCAGAACUAGAGCAUCUGAUCCUAAAUCAAAAUACUCGACUAGUGCAAGUGUUUCAAGGUGAAACAGGUGUGAGAGAAGGGAGGGUGGAGGUUUUGCUUCCGAAACUGAAACAUGUUGUAUUAAUGCAACAGCCAAACCUCAUAAAUUUAUGUGAUGGGAUUGAAUUUCAGACUGUGAUCAAUCUUCUUGUGCACGAUUGUCCAAAGUUCUCACUAACUUCAACAACUACUGUCGAGGACAUGCUGCGGACCUCUAAUUCUGAUAAGGAAAUUGAUUUCUAUCUCCGUCCUCAAUUACUCAACAUAAGUGGUAUCACAACAAAAGGCUUUGAUGUCCUUACCUCAAAGAAAGAAAACAAAGGGACAAAAGACUUGCAAUCAUGGGACCAGAGACUUCCACUUAUUCCUAUACCAAACUUGAUGAAGAGUAUUGAGGAUGUAGUGAAAGAUUGGAUUCAGGAGGAGGCUCCAUCAGAGGAAGUUAAGAAAGAAACUUUGUCCAUUGGUGUAGAAGGUGCUGGCUUGGAUGGUGUUGUUGUGGCUCACACCAAGCCUAGUGGUGCGGAGAUGGUAUCGGAUUUCUGGGUGGUUGAACAAGGUGAUAGGCCUAAUCAACACAGGAGAGGAACUUCAUCAUGUCAGAGGAUUCAGAAUCUUGAUGAUAGCAUCCAAGAAGAAUCUAACUUGCUUGAUAAAGAAGGUGAAGUAGGUGUUGUUUCUAAGAACAGCAUUGUGGCUCAAAGAAAUGAAAAACCAGAGAUGGAAAUUGCUUCAGAGAAACCAGCAAUAGUAAAUUCCUUAACUAACUUGGAACUGGUUGAAGGGGCAUCUCUAAGUUAUUUGGAUAUUCCUCUACAUAAAACACACUCAAAUGGGUUGGUGGAUGGACAAUCGAUGAGUGAACCGUUUUUUAUGAACCAACAAAAGCUACUUGGAGAAAUAGCAAGUACCGUUGAAAUUCCUCAGAGUGAAAUUAUGCCCAGCCAAACUGAAACAUACACUGCUAAAGAAAGUGAAGGCCAUACUAUAAAUAUUCUAGACUUUGUAGCCAAUGAUCUCAUGAGUUUAUUUCAACCUGUGGAAUAUGAUGGUGAAGGCCAAGUAACCGAAGAUAACCAGGUUGUAAAGGUCCUUGCAGACCUUGAAAGGUGUCUAAAGAUGCCACUGAAGGACAUAGCUAGCUCUGAGACUGACAGCCUCCUUCUUUUAACUGCUCUUAACUUUUUGUCCAAUCUUCCUUUAAAAGAUGUAACUCUCUCAGAUGGACUUAAAGAUAUUGUAGACUCUAUGCACACACAGUUCCCAAGCAUUCUAUGUUCCUUCAAGCAAGCCUUUGCCACCACUGACAAGUUGGAAGCACAUGAAGCUCACCAGAAUGUGGUAGCUGUUACUCUUGCUUCCAAAAUAUCUGGGGCGAAGAAUUUUAUGGAUGAAGGUCAACAGAAGGAAGCGGUUUUGAAGGAACGAAUCACUAGGUUGAAGAAAGAAAUAAAAGAUUGUGAGGCUGACUUAUCAUCUCUUCAAGAGGAAAAGAAGAAAUGCAUUGCAGAAACUAUACGGUACAAAGAGGAGUUUGAAAAUGUGAGGAAAGACAAAUCUCAAAUGGUGGAAGAUCAAAGAAAAGUUCGGCAAGAAUUAUUUGAGGUCGGUUAUAAAUGGUCAGCUCUGUGUAGCCGAUUUGCACACAAUCGCAUUGUUUCUAGAAAUCUCUCUUGAGUUUUCUUGUUUGUCAGAAAGAAAGCUUUUGCUGCUCAUAAUGGUUUUAUCUAGUUCAUGCACGCAGAGGAUGUACGUAGUGUCAUACCAAAAAAAAAAAAAAAAACUCUUGUGAAUUUGUCCUGUUUAUUGCUUUUCUAAACUAUCAAAUUUGUUAUGUUUUGGAGGCUACUGUAUUAUUAAUUGUUUUCUCAAAUUUUAUGCUGAAUAACGCUUAACUGAA